AUGGUUCCGUGGGUCGAUCUGGCAGCGGACCCGUUGGCUCUGGCCUUGGCGCCAGUUCGCCUGCUGGACAUCCUCCCCCCCUUCUGGGGUCCGGCCUUUGUCUUCCCCCGGCUGCCGCCUCUGUCCUUACUGGUCGGGACGUCCUCUCCUUCAUUCCCCAUCCCGGUGAAUAAGUUCCUGAAGUGCCCGGCUGCCUCGUCCAUGAGUGCGGUUGAGGUGCGGGGCUUCCACUUCCGUGAGGUAACAAGUAGGGUUGAGAAGUGCAGCGGGGCUCCCCCCUUCCGUCUGUCGACUGUGACUCCUGGUGGGAUCUCCGGCUCCUCUAUGAAUUCGUUUUUUGAACAGCAACCCAUGGAUAAUUACCAGACAAAUCAAUCGGUAGUUAAAGAAUUUAUUCUCCUGGGAUUUGGGGAUACUGGUGAUUUUCAGAUCCUUCUCUUCUUUGUAUUUCUAGUGAUCUACAUUGUUACCAUGGCUGGGAACCUGCUGAUUGUUGUCUUAGCUGCAGUUGAUCGACAUCUUCAUACUCCCAUGUAUAUCCUCCUUGGGAAUUUGUCUUGCUUGGAGACUUGCUAUAUCUCCACCAUUUGGCCUCGGAUGCUUGACAGCUUCCUAACUGGGAACCAAUCCAUGUGGGUGACUUCUUGUUUUAUGCAAGUAUAUUUCUUUGGGGGCUUGGCUACAGCAGAAUGUUAUCUCCUUGCAGCCAUGUCGUAUGAUCGCUAUCUAGCAAUAUGCAAGCCAUUGCAUUAUGCAACCCUUAUGGAUGUCAGGUCCUGCCUGUGGUUAGCAAGUGGUUCUUGGGUCAUUGGCUUUAUGGUUAACUCGGUGACAACCUAUUUCAUGACUCACUUGGUAUUCUGCGGACCUAACAUAAUUGACCAUUUCUUCUGUGAUUUUUCUCCACUACUCCACCUCUCUUGCACCAACACCCUCAACAUCCAGCUACUGAUAUUUAUUCUGUCAGCUCUGUUUGGAUUGUUCCCUUUUCUUUUAACCCUCAUUUCCUACAGCUGCAUCAUAGAAACUAUUUUAAGAAUCCCAUCCUCUGUUGGGAGGAAGAAGGCAUUCUCCACCUGCUCAUCACAUCUCAUUGUGGUUACUCUCUUUUAUGGAACUAUAGUAAUUGUUUAUGUAGUGCCCAAAAACAACACACUCAGAGAACUGAACAAGAUCUUCUCUGUCUUUUACACUGUCUUGACUCCCUUGGUGAAUCCUUUUGUAUACAGUCUGCGAAAUAAAGACAUUAAACAAGCUUUGAAAAAAACUAUCCGGCAUUUUGUUGAUUCAUCAUAA